GAGCGGUGCGUGGUGCAACAUGUGUGUAGAUAAUUCCAGAAGCGCAGUGUCUUUUCCAUCUGCAGCCCCAAAGACGAGCUCUCAAAUCACGAACUGUGACACCCCACCAGCAACACUCUCAGCUUUCAGCCCGCUUUCCUGCACCUCUCUGGGACACCGUCGCUGCCCGACCUCCUCGCAUUUCAACGUUGUUUUUUCCCCACGUAAAUUUUUCCACGUUUAGUUCCUGCCUGAUCUGUCACCAUGCUGAGCGCAGCCAGGAGUAUGUCAAGGACUCUCCCCACGGUCAACUCCGUCCGAAGCGUGUCCUCCCUCAUCAAGAAGGCCUGUUGGAGCGGCUUCCAUCCAGAUGCUUCCAGAGUUCUGUCCAGAAGAGACUAUGCGUCAGAGGCCAUCCGAGGGUCAGUCAUUGGCAUUGACCUGGGCACCACCAACUCUUGUGUGGCUGUCAUGGAGGGCAAACAGGCCAAGGUGCUGGAGAACGCAGAGGGCGCGCGCACCACCCCAUCCGUGGUGGCCUUCACUGCAGAGGGGGAGCGUCUGGUGGGCAUGCCCGCCAAGCGCCAGGCAGUCACCAACCCCCAGAACACACUGUACGCCACCAAGAGGCUGAUCGGCCGCAGAUUCGAUGACCCUGAGGUGCAGAAGGACCUAAAAAAUGUGCCAUACAAAAUCGUGCGUGCGUCCAAUGGGGAUGCCUGGGUGGAGGCUCACGGAAAGAUGUAUUCCCCCAGUCAGGCUGGGGCCUUUGUACUUAUAAAGAUGAAGGAAACGGCAGAAAGCUACCUUGGCACUAGCGUGAAGAACGCAGUCAUCACUGUGCCCGCCUACUUCAAUGACUCCCAGAGACAGGCAACCAAAGAUGCAGGUCAGAUUGCUGGUCUGAAUGUCCUCCGCGUCAUCAAUGAGCCCACUGCCGCUGCUCUGGCCUACGGACUGGACAAGACCCAGGACAAGAUUAUCGCUGUAUAUGAUCUGGGCGGGGGCACGUUUGAUAUCUCCAUCCUGGAGAUCCAGAAGGGCGUGUUUGAGGUCAAGUCCACAAACGGAGACACAUUCCUAGGAGGAGAGGACUUUGACCAGCACCUGCUCCGCCAUAUCGUCAAGGAGUUUAAGAGAGAGACGGGGGUGGACCUGCUGAAGGACAACAUGGCUCUGCAGAGGGUCCGAGAGGCUGCAGAGAAGGCAAAGUGUGAGCUGUCCUCCUCCCUCCAGACUGACAUAAACCUGCCAUACCUGACCAUGGACGCAUCUGGACCCAAGCAUCUGAACAUGAAGAUGACCCGGGCCCAGUUCGAGAGCAUUGUGGCAGACCUGAUCCGGCGCACCGUGGCCCCAUGUCAGAAGGCCAUGCAGGAUGCUGAAGUGUCCAAGGGAGACAUCGGAGAGGUGCUGCUGGUCGGAGGCAUGUCCAGGAUGCCCAAGGUCCAGCAGACAGUCCAGGACCUGUUCGGCCGAGCCCCCAGUAAGUCUGUGAACCCCGACGAGGCAGUGGCCAUCGGUGCGGCCAUCCAGGGCGGGGUGCUGGCCGGGGACGUGACAGACGUGCUGCUGCUGGACGUCACCCCUCUGUCCCUGGGCAUCGAGACUCUGGGAGGGGUCUUCACCAAGCUCAUCAACCGCAACACCACCAUCCCCACCAAGAAGAGCCAGGUUUUCUCAACGGCAGCGGACGGCCAGACACAGGUGGAGAUUAAGGUGUGCCAAGGUGAGAGGGAGAUGGCUGCAGACAACAAGGUCCUGGGACAGUUCACCCUGGUGGGCAUCCCCCCCGCUCCCCGAGGAGUACCCCAGAUCGAGGUCACCUUUGACAUCGACGCCAACGGCAUCGUGCAUGUGUCUGCUAAAGACAAAGGCACGGGCCGCGAGCAGCAGAUUGUGAUCCAGUCUUCUGGAGGUCUGAGCAAAGACGAUAUUGAGAACAUGAUCAAGAACGCUGAAAAGUAUGCCGAGGAGGACCGCAGGAGGAAGGACCGAGUGGAGGCAGUAAACAUGGCCGAGGGUAUCGUUCAUGACACAGAAUCCAAGAUGGAGGAGUUCAAAGAUCAGCUCCCUGCAGAUGAGUGCACCAAGCUGAAGGAGGAGAUCACCAAAGUGCGAGACCUUCUGACCAACAAAGACUCAGAGACCGGAGAGAACAUCAAACAGGCAGCAACUAACCUGCAGCAGGCCUCACUCAAACUCUUCGAGAUGGCCUACAAGAAGAUGGCAGCAGAGCGCGACAGCAGCAGCGGCUCCUCCAGCUCGACAGAAGGAGAGAAGAAGGAAGGCCAGCAGUAACCUUUGCACUUUGGCUGUUUCCAUGACAACAGGACUCUGGGCUCGGGGUUUGGCGUGGGGGGCAUAGUCAUCAUAAUACAAAAGACUGAGCAAAUCCCAUUUGUGCUCUGGCGUUUGUCAUAUGCUCUAAUUUAAAUGUUCAUUUUUACAUUCUACCACACAGUCAUGUUGUCUCAUAAUGUACAUUAUAUUUUUUUUGGUAUUUUCUGCAAUAGCUCAUUCAGACAUUGCUUACUGGGGUGGGUGAUUCACAAUUCUGAUGCAAAAAUGCUUCCUGAGAUUCAAUGCUUUGUUUUCAGUCUAGUUCUGCACUCGGACACUUUCCAAGCCCACUCCUCCUAUUGGUCAACCUCUGUUAUGUGUUGAGUGAGUGGGUUUGGCCAGUCUAAAAGAAGUAUGAAGAAACUGCUUUAAUAACUUGUCAAAGGCAGUAUAGAGCCAAAGGUUCACAGAUGGGGAUAUAAUCCAUAACCUUGCUCUAUAAAAUUGUGGAAAAUCUUUUGCGAUAUCGCCCACUCCAACCUGGCUCCAAGAGAAAGUGCCCAAAGCAAUUUGUUUGAUGUAAAAGCUCAAAUAAUUACAAAAAAUGUAAAUUAAAGUUAAUUUUAGAGUUUGGGCUAAGAGAAACUGCCGGUAUUGGAAUUGCACAAGACCUAUUCACAUACUUUAGUUCAUUUCAAGCAAAGUUGUCAGCUUUUUGUAAUUUAUUUUGUUAUUUCAAAAAAAAAAAAAAAAUCCUUGAAAUAAGAAAAAUGCAUUUUAAAACAAGUGAAAAGAAUUUACAAUAACUUUAAUGUUACUAUAACUACAAAAUUCUGAAUUCAAGUAAUUUAAACACUGUAACUGUAACUGUCUCGAUGACCUGUUCAGUCUUCUGCCUAUGUUCUGAUCAGAAAUGAAAGCAUAUAAUGUACAAACUGUAUAGUAGUGUUGCAUAAUAAGGAUUCCCUGGACACA